AUGGCUGCCCGCAGAGGAGAUCAAGGGUCCGUCUACAGGACUCUAAGGACCCUCGCAGGGAGGACAACUCCACCUACUGCUUGUGUGAAAGCCAUGGAUGGAACAGUCCCAGACACCCCAGACCAACAGCUGGCAAGAUGGAGGGAGCACUUCGAGAACCUGCUCAAUCGACCAGCACCACCACCCUCCCCUCAGCUCGAUGCACUAGCCGCCGCAGCCAGCGAGGACGACUCUGUUCCUACUGGCCCCCCCACGCGAGAGGAAGUGGUCAAAGCCAUACAGAAGCUGAAGCCUGGCCGGGCUGCAGGAGCUGACGGCAUCACACCUGAACUCAGCGAGACCAUCCCGGAAGACUGGUUGCAAAGUGUCAUCCUUCCCUUCUGGAAGAAAGGGUCAAAGGAUCUCUGCAGCAACUACAGAGGAAUUACCCUACUUAGUGUUCCCGGGAAGGUGUUUGCAAACGUCAUCCUUGGAAGGCUGCGCCCACUCCUUCUUCGCAAACAGAGAAAGGAGCAGAGCGGCUUCACACCAGGUCGCUCGACUGUUGACAGGAUUUUAACUCUGCGACUGCUGGCCGAGAAGAGAAGAGAAUUCCGGAGACCCCUCUUCGCAGCCUACGUUGAUCUGAAGCAGGCCUUUGAUUCUGUUGACAGACAGGCCCUGUGGAAGAUCCUCAAGACUCCCGGUGUUCCAGCAAAGCUUCUGACUCUCCUCUCUCUACUCUACUCCAACACCUCGUCCUCUGUGAGAGUUAAUGGACCACCCCAUACACAUAGCGUUAAUAGAAAUAACUGUAUAACUAAGGUCGGCGUUGGGCAGUCGUUGCUGCGUGUGCCAAAGGGACGUGCAAAAAGGCAAAGGAAUGGGUUUCGAGGAGUAAGUGCACCCCUCACAAGAUACCAGGAUGAUGGGACCAGGAGGACAACGUGGCGUUCACUCCGGCUUGACGACACUUCUUCAAGUGCAAACGCAGCCACCACCACGACCCCAUCACAACUAGCAGCAACAGUAGGUCUUGGCAACAAUGAGGAUCCAUGGCAGCAGACAGCCGAGCCUAUACCAGAGGAUAUUUCAAAUCACCAGCGGCGAAAGAGGCAGGAGAAGGAGGCGUGGGCUGACCAGCGGGAUGAUUUGAUUAAGACUGGGAGGAACCUGGCCACACCUCCCCAAAACUGUAUCUGUUAUCUCUGUGAUGAGGAAGUGACAUCAACCAUUCUGUUCUGCCAGGAUUGCAGCCCAUGGGGCUUCUUUUGCCUGGAAUGCUUCGAAAAGUUCCACAAAAGCCCAUCACUACACCACCCUCUGCAAUGGAAAGAUGACUGUUUUCAGCCUUACGUGCAAAGGAAAAUCUUGUAUCUACCACACCAAUGGAGCUGUUUUACAAGAGAUGUGCGGCCUCUUAAGGUGUUUGACCAGACUGGUCGCCUGCAGUACAUUGAUGUUGUUGUGUGCAGCUGCGAAUCAGAACUGUCAACGUUGCUUCAACUUGGCCUGUGGGGGGCAUCUCCUACAAAGCCACAGACAGCAUUUGCAGUAGCACUGCUGGAGUGGCAGUGUGUGCUCAGCAUGGUGAGCCAUGUGUCUGUAGAGGCGUUUUGUCAGGCUGUGAGAUGGAAGAAUAACCUGACUCUCAGUGAGAAGAAAACCCUCUACAGAGCUCUGACUGGAGAGUCCAUUGCUGAGUAUCAGCACUAUAGAGAUAGGAUGAGAAGUCUGCAAGACUUGUCUCCUUUAUUGGAUGAUAACACAAGCUGUCCAGCUUGUCCAAAGGCUGAUGGAGAACAGAUCGUGGCCAUUGAUGCUAACUUUGGCCUUGUUAGGAAAGCCAGUUCUGGAGUUAGCUCAGCACCUCCCUUGCAAGGUACAAGCAUGUUCCUUGAUGACAAGGAGGUGAAGGAAUUCCUGAGUGAAUACAGCGAUGAAGCGAAACCUCCCGAGGACUGCAGUAACUUCAAGGCAGGAAACUGCCUGAGAUCAAAGGCCCAACAAAAGAAACUCGACGUCACUGGGGUGUUUGGGGGGGUUUGCAGACAUGACAUCCCCCUCAAAUUUGCAAACAUGUUUCAUGGAGAGCGUUUUGGAUACCCAGUUUACCUCAUCAAGACCCUUUUGGAUGAGGCCUCUGCAAGAAAUAACCGUCUAAGGGUUAUCUACGACGUGGCUUGUUCUCUGACUGCUCAUCUUACUAACUCAGAGCAUGAUGGAUCCUUGCCACUGCGUCUUGCAAUGGAGACUCGUAAGCUGAGUCUUGCUGUGGAUGUAUUCCACUCAUAUGGGCAUCAGUCUCUGUGCCAGAUUAAAUACAGUACAAGACGACUGAAUGGCUAUGGACUGACUGAUGGAGAAGGGUCAGAGAGGUUGUGGUCUUCUCUCCGCCCAUUUGCCAGGAUGACGAAGGAGAUGAGUCCUGACCACAGAGUGGACAAGCUAACAGAUGCUGUGAAGCAUUUUGCCAUGUGUAAAGUUGUUGACAUUGAGGUUUCGCUUAGCUCGAAGCUGGACAAAGCCAUCAAGGCAGAGAUGAUUGCUGAUGACAACCUUCAACAGGCCAAAAGAGAAGCAGGAGAAAUUUUCUCUGAUGAAGAUAUUGAGGCAUGGAGGGAAAUGGAGAAGAUAGUAAUGGAGAGAAGCAGACAGCAAACAUCAACGUCAACCCCUCAAUGGAAAAAAGAGUACUUACGCAAGUUGAUCAGAUAUAAUAAACUUGGGGAGAAGAUCUUACAGUGCCAAGAGGACUCCACGCAGCUUGCAGUUCAUCAUUCUGCCUUUGAGAAGUAUGUAUUACUUCGAUUCUCUACACAAAGACAGUCUGCAAGACUUAUUUCUUUUAGUUGA